GAUAACAAAAAUGAGCAUAGAGAUGCAAAACCACCAGGUGGAAGCCGCCCCCGCAGAGGAGCCGUUAAAUCAGUGGCUGAUAAAUAUGCCGGAGCCACCAACUCUGUGGCAAGAGCUUGUUGGGUAUAUAAGAACAAAUGUGUUGUCCAAGAAAAGGAACAAGACGAAGAAGACAGCAUCAAAUCCGGUUUACUCGUGUCUUAAAUCGGUUUUCCCUAUAAUUAUAUGGGGAAGACAAUACAAACUCAACAUGUUCAAGAAAGAUCUGAUGGCUGGUCUUACUCUCGCUAGUCUUUGCAUUCCUCAGAGUAUAGGAUAUGCUAAUUUGGCUGGACUUGAUCCAGAGUAUGGUCUAUAUACAAGUGUGGUACCACCUCUAAUAUAUUCCAUGAUGGGAAGUUCGAGAGAGUUAGCCAUUGGUCCUGUGGCUGUAGUUUCACUUCUGCUUUCGUCAAUGGUUCGUGACCUUCAAGAUCCUAUCACCGACCCAAUUGCUUACCGGAAAAUUGUCUUCACUGUCACGUUUUUCGCUGGCGCGUUUCAAGCCAUCUUUGGACUCUUCAGGCUAGGGUUUUUGGUGGAUUUUCUGUCACAUGCUGCCCUUGUUGGGUUCAUGGCUGGCGCUGCCAUUGUCAUUGGUUUACAACAACUGAAAGGUUUAUUCGGGUUGUCUCACUUUACCAAUAAAACUGAUGUGGUUUCGGUCCUAUCUUCGGUUUUCCACUCACUUCAUCAUCCGUGGCAACCUCUGAACUUUGUUAUUGGUAGCUCAUUUCUUAUCUUCAUCCUCCUAGCGAGAUUUAUAGGGAAAAGGAACAAAAAGUUGUUCUGGAUUCCAGCGAUGGCACCGCUAAUAUCAGUGAUAUUGGCAACCCUAAUCGUGUAUUUAACCAAUGCUGAAACGCGAGGGGUUAAGAUUGUUAAACACAUUAAACCAGGGUUUAACCGACCUUCGGUUGACCAAUUGCAAUUUAACGGUCAACAUCUCGGUCAAGUCGCCAAAAUUGGUAUCAUUUGUGCAAUCAUCGCUCUCACGGAAGCAAUUGCAGUAGGGAGAUCUUUUGCAACGAUCAAAGGAUAUCGUCUAGAUGGUAACAAAGAGAUGAUGGCAAUGGGGUUUAGCAACAUCGCUGGCUCUUUAACUUCUUGCUAUGUAGCUACCGGAUCAUUUUCAAGAACGGCGGUGAAUUUUAGUGCUGGCUGCGAGACGGUGGUGUCAAACAUUGUAAUGGCCAUAACAGUGAUGGUUUCACUUGAAGUUUUGACAAGGAUUCUUUAUUUUACACCUACCGCAAUACUUGCCUCCAUCAUUCUCUCGGCGCUUCCUGGCCUUAUCGAUAUCUCUGGCGCUUUGCACAUUUGGAAACUUGAUAAGCUUGAUUUUCUCGUACUCUUGGCUGCCUUCUUAGGUGUCUUGUUUGCCUCCGUAGAGAUCGGUCUUCUCCUCGCGGUAGGGAUAUCGUUUACGAGAAUAAUUUUGAGUUCUAUCCGACCAACAGUUGAGGCUUUAGGCAGAUUGUCAAAAACAGAUAUCUUUGGUGACAUAAAUCAGUACCCAAUGGCUACUAAGACCCAAGGAUUAUUGACUCUUCGAAUCAGCUCUCCAUUGUUGUGCUUUGCAAAUGCUAAUUUUAUUAGAGACCGAAUAUUGGAUUCAGUUCGAAAGGUAGAAGAAGAGGAAGACGAUGAACAAGAAGUAAAAAGGGCAAAAGUUCUUCAAGUAGUAAUUAUCGACAUGUCUUGCGUGAUGGGCUUAGAUACAUCAGGAAUCGUCGCACUUGAAGAGUUACAUCAAGAGCUGGCUUCUAAUGACAUCCGGUUAGUGAUCGCUAGUCCGAGAUGGAGGGUACUUCACAAACUGAAGCAAGCAAAAUUGGAUGAGAAAAUGAAAAAAGAAAGUAUAUAUAUGACAGUAGGAGAUGCCGUAGAUGUUUACGUAAGAGCAAGAACUAUGUCGCACGAUAUGUGUUGAUAUAUGGGCACACGUAUGUUUAGACAGCGUUUAUUAAAAGUCAUAUAGCCAUUGAAUAAAAACCGAAUAUUGGACCGUUACAUAUAGAUAUAUAUAUAUAUAUAUCUCCGAGGCCUCCGUAUGCAUGGGAGGGUAGCCUUUACGACGAGAAUCUUAUAGUUGAAUUUACUAUUGUGUUUCUCUAAUUAUUGACAGAAUAAAUGAUAUAUUGUCCC